UGCGGCAGACUAGCCUGUAAAGUUAAAUACUGACGAGGCAACGCCAACCGAUUUCUGUUUGCUCGUGGAACAUCUGAUCGAAAAUGGGGGCUUGUAUGGCGUUAUGUUCACUUGCAAGCUGUGUGUCAUGUUUGUGUGGCUCUGCUCCUUGUCUUCUGUGUGGUUGCUGUCCAUCUUCUAACAACUCGACAGUCACACGGCUGGUUUUCUCCUUCUUCUUGCUAUUGGGCACCUUGGUGUCUAUUAUUAUGAUCCUACCUGGCAUGGAGACUCAGCUUCAAAAAAUCCCUGGCUUCUGUCAAGGGGGGAGCACAAUACCCGGUGUGGAGAACCAGGUUAACUGUGAUGUAAUUGUGGGCUACAAAUCAGUGUACCGCAUGUGCUUUGCCAUGGCUUGUUUCUUCUUUGUCUUCUCUGCCGUCAUGAUUCGUGUGCGGACCAGCAAAGACCCUCGUGCUGCCAUUCAGAAUGGUUUCUGGUUCUUUAAAUUCCUGAUCCUGGUUGGCAUCACUGUUGGAGCCUUCUUCAUCCCCGAUGGAACAUUUAAUAAUGUGUGGUUCUACUUUGGCAUUGUGGGCUCCUUCAUGUUCAUCCUGAUCCAGUUGAUCCUGCUGAUCGACUUUGCCCAUUCCUGGAAUGAGGUGUGGGUGAGGAACUCUGAGGAUGGUGACAGGAAAGGCUGGUUCUUUGGUCUCCUGUUCUUUACCAUCCUACACUAUGCCCUGGCCUUUGCUGCUGUUGUACUGUUCUACCUGUACUACACGAAGCCUGACAACUGCACUGAGCACAAGGUGUUCAUCAGCCUCAACCUCAUCAUCUGCAUCAUCGUCUCCGUGGUUUCCAUUCUACCCAAAGUGCAGGAACACUCUCCUCAGUCUGGUCUACUCCAGUCAUCUCUUAUCACUUUGUACACAAUGUAUGUCACCUGGUCAGCCAUGACCAACAAUCCAAAUCGGGCUUGUAACCCCAGCCUUCUCAGCCUGGUGUCCAACAUCAGCUCCAGUGCAGAACCCACCCCCACCAGUACCCCAGGCACUGUGCAAUGGUGGGAUGCCCAGGGCAUUGUGGGACUGGUCAUCUUCCUCUUUUGUACUUUUUAUGCCAGCAUCCGCUCAUCCAGUAACACUCAGGUGAACAAGCUGAUGCAGACAGAGGAGGGCAAAGGCUCGGGCGUGGAGGGGGAGGUGGGAGAGGACGGCCUGCGGCGGGUGGUGGACAAUGAAGAGGAUGGGGUCACUUACAGCUACUCCUUCUUUCACUUCCACCUCUUCCUGGCCUCACUCUACAUCAUGAUGACCCUCACCAACUGGUACAUGCCAGACACCACCACACAGGCUAUGCUGAGCAGCAUGCCUGCAGUUUGGGUAAAAAUCUGCUCCAGCUGGCUGGGAUUGGCCCUGUACCUCUGGACCUUGAUGGCCCCAGUUGUCCUCCCUAACCGGGAUUUCAGCUAAGCCUUUGUCUCGCAAGCGAGCGUGCGUGUGUGCAUGUGUGCGUGUGCGCCCAGGUGGCAGAGUAUACCACUACUUGAUGCUGUGGCGCUUUAUAUUCUAACAUGCAGGAUAAAUGAUCAUAAAUGAGUUGUGUAGCUCCCUGUGAUCUGCUCUUGCUUGUUUUCAGUGAAUCUGUUUGACUGUAAGCCUUUUUACUGGUGCAAUUUGAACCUUGUAUUCAAGAUUCUCUUGAAGCUACUUGUAUACUUGGAUGGAUGACACUAACCUGAUACUGUACACUUCUAAUAUAAAAGGUGGUGAUGCACAAGCAACAUUUCAACAGGCCAUGGCCUUGUGGUCUAGCCACGGAUACAAAUAUGCAUGUUUCUGCUGCUGCAAACCGCCUCUACCUGAAACCAAUACACUUUAUACGGUACUUUACAACCUGUCUGUAUUGGGGCUGAAUAUUUCAAAUUAGUCAAGCACUUUGUCCUUAAGCAAUUUCAGGAUAGAUGGGAGCUUGUGUCAUCGAGCUGGGCUGUUAUGUAGAUUGUGCUGGCCCCAGGGCUCUAUGGGAAGGCUGUAAGAGGCAGCUGUUUGUCCUGCAUAAACCCUUACUGGAGCCCCAUAGAAGUAGUGUGUUUCAGAGAUAAGCCUAGUGCGACACACCCUCUACUACUGUACUGCAUACUGCAUCCCUCGUACGUAUUGCUGUGAUGAGCAGUCAGAAAUAUAGUACUAAACACUGAUCUGUAUUGGACAUCAUGUGGUGGUCUUUCAACCAAUAAGAGGUGUGUACAUCUAAGAUAAAUAAUCAAAUGUGCAAACCCAUGCUGUAUAGUAUUCAAGCAACAUUUCGGUGCUGGUUAGGUUGUGGUUAUAGUGAUUGAAGUAACUAACAGGUUUUGCAUUUACAUUUUAAUUUGAUUUUUUACUAUUUAACAAUUUUGUCCUGUAGCUUCUUUUUAUUAAAUUACUGUUUCUUAACAUGGGUGUUUGAAUUCCCUACUUCCCAUUUUCAGAUUUCUGUGACACUUGCACAUUCUUUUUCAUGCAAGCAUGUGAGGAAAGUGUAAAAUAAUAAAUAUUGUGGAUUUAGAAUCUUGUUCUGUAGAUUAAGGUUUGUAUUGAAUAUGAAUGGAAUAUCAAACUCUGUAGUUGAAAGUAUUCUGGAUGUUUUUGUCAAAAGUAUAGUGAAUUGCCUGUAUUCAGAGCUGUGUUCUCCUAGUGACAUUGGAAGACUUGUGAUUGUAAUCUUGGUAAUUAUGCAUGUACAUACAUCUGGCAUUUUUGCCCAAUGUAAGCAAUCAGCACUGACAAGAAGGUAUGUUUAUAGUCUUUUGUUUGGAAAAAAAUUGUGUUGAUGCAUAAAAAGUGCCUAUAUUGAUAACCUGUCAGUUCCCAGACCUGAAGACAGAAGUGCCUUUCUCAUUUUUUUUCUAUCAUCCACUAGUAACAAUAUUUGCAUUGUGCAAUAGGUCUGCCCACAAACAUAUCAGUUAUUUUUUGGCGGUUGAUCUGCAUCUGUCAGUGCUUUAUAUUUCAAUAAACCCAUUCUGGAAUUGA